AUGGAAGACUUUCUGGAAAGUCUUUUCGUCACCCUUAAAGCGAUUCUUCUUCUUAUUCUUUCCACGAUUCGAAACCUUUUCCCAACUGGAUUCUUGCCACGAAAAGAUGUUCGAGGUCAAACCGUCUUGAUCACCGGUUCCGGAAGUGGUUUGGGACGUCUCAUGUCCUACGAAUUCGGUAAACUUGGUGCCCGAAUCGUUUUGUGGGAUAUCAAUGAAGGUGGAAAUCUGGAAACAUUGAAAGAGUUGGAAUCUCGAGGGGUUGAGAAGGGGGAAACACACGGGAGUGAAAUUGGGCAGGAGAGUGCUUGA